AUGACUAAAACAUUUAUAAUUAAUGGAAAUAAUAUAAAUAAUAUCGAAACUUUUUAUAAAGAAAUAAACGAAAUUUUUAUGAAAAAUGUAGAUUGGAAAUUGGGUGCAAGUUUGGAUGCUUUAAAUGAUAUGUUGUAUGGUGGAUUUGGCGAAAUAGAUGGCAAUGAAGAAGUUAUAUUUAUAUGGAAAAAUUUUGAAAAAAACAAAAUCGAUUUAGGCUAUGAAUGCACCAAGGAAUACUACGAAAACAAAUUAAAAUCACCACAAAUUUUCAAUGUAAAACAUUUUCAAGAGGAAAUAGAAAAAUUAGAAAAGGGUCAAGGUCAAACUUAUAUGGAUAUAAUAUUAGAAAUAAUUAAUGAUCAUAAAAAUAUUAAAUUAAUUAAACAAUAA